CUACUCAAAUUUAGAGCACACGUCAUUGCCGUCAGUCCCUCCUCUCGCCGGCAGGUCACCAUUUCUUCGAACCGCGUCGUAAUCGUUCCUCGACUUCCGGAAUUCAACAAAUCCGGCGUGUAUGUGUAAUUUGGUUACGUUGUUUAGGGCAUGGGUGAUUUCAACAGUUGAAUUUUUUUGUUUCGUGUUUUAAAGUAGUUGAAUUGAGUUUGCAAAUCAAAGGAAAGAAUGGCUGUAGAUACAAAUUUUACAGGGUUUUUAUUAGAGAAAGUUAAAGUGGAGGAUCCAUGGCUUCCUCCUAGAACUUGGGAAUCCAUCCCUUCCCAAAGUGGAACCUUUCUCUCUUCUUCUUCUUCUCAGAACCAUCAGCUUCUCGCAGAUACUUCCACAGUCUCCGAGGCAAGUUUGGUGAGGUUAGCUCUCAAUGCACUGCAAGGUGUACAAUCUUCUCUUGUUAGCAUUGAGAAGCUCACUGCUGCAUUCUCUUCUGAUCCUGCAGAUAGGAGCUUCCAUCGAAUUCCUAGUUUAUGGAAUCGGUCUUCUAGUACUCAUGCUUUAAGUAAAAUUCUCAAGUCCAUUGGUUGCUCAGGUUUCUUGGUUUUUCUUCUUUGUGAGUUUGUAGAUUAUUUCAGAAAUUCGGAUGAAAGUUUGAUGAGAAAGAAACCAGAAAAAUCUGAAUUAUAUGAAAAGAAAAAUGAUUGUGACAAGGAGGUGAAAGAGAAAGAGCAGCCUCGUUAUAGUCUUGUCAAUCAGGCAUUUGCUGUUGCGGUGGAAAAGGUUUUAGAAGGGUACAUAUGUGCACUGGACACUUUGUAUGCAUCUGUAGGUUUAAGGCACGCAUCAAAGAGUGUUGAUUUGCCUUUGCAUACAUCUUCUGAAGAAGGAUGCCUCACAAGUGUUGUGCAUUCCAAAAUCACGCUAUUGGAGGUGUACCUGCACACAAAAGAAUUAAGGACUCAAAUUGAAGCUCUUGGAAAUAUAUGCAACCUACUUGAGAUAGCCAUUUGCUUCUCUGAAUCUUCUUUUGAGGAUCUAAACGCUAAAGCAAUCUUGGAAUUUCACAGUUUUUGCAGAGGUGGAGAUCUGCUUACUUAUCUGUAUACACAGCUACAGGUUGCUGAUCCAGCACAUCGUUCUCUACUGAAGUUUCUCUUGCUUCGGUCAUUUGAACCGUAUUUUGGUUUUAUAAGAUCGUGGAUAUUCAAAGCUGAGAUCAAUGAUCCUUUUAAGGAGUUCAUGGUAGAAUAUGUUGACAAUUUACCGCAUGAUACACAUGUUAAAGCAGACUUUGCUAUCGACUUCCACUUGGCAACUUUUAGGGAGCAAGACGGAGUUUCCGUUCCUUGUUUUUUGAAGCAAUUUCUUAUUCCACUUGUCAGGGCUGGCCAGCAGCUUCAAGUAUUAAUGAAAUUGCUUGAAUUGUGUAAUAGUGUUUUUCCUGGGGACCAUACUUAUAUGGAUUUUCUUCCCUGUUGGAGUGGUUUCUCCAGCGAUCAUCCAUUUUAUGCUUCUUCAAUAACUUUCAACAAAGGACAUAUAGAAACCAUGGUAAUUGCAAGAAAUGAUUACUACAAAAAGAUGCUGGAAAAGCUUGAAAAUCUUUGGACAAGAUUAGAAUUUAGCUAUCAACAGGUUGCUCCAUGCAGCAAUACACCUAUUUUAGUCGGUAGUGGAAGGAGCCUAGAAACUUCUGUUUCAUUUGAGAUGAAUGACAGGAUGAGUGUCCCUUUUGUGGCUGAUGAAAGUGGCUCAAAUGUGACUCUCGCUGAUAAAGAUUUUGAUGACACCCAUACGAAAGAUGAGUUCUUUUAUGCUGGAGAUACAUCUGGGUCAUCUGAAUGUUCAUCUUUAAGUGAUUCCGAAGGGCUGAUUGAGUCUGAGCAGCUAACUGGACGUCCUAAUAGUUUAUUUGGGUUUGAACAAAAAUACUUUUCUGCUUUAAGCUUCUCCAUGAGUACCCCUAUGGGUAAUCCAUUGCGAAAGCCUCUUCAAAGUGAAAAAUCUUGCAAUGUGAAAAGGGUUUCUUCUGAAAUUUCCAAAAUAAAUGGUGCCCUUGGUCAUUUUGUGCUCUCUCAGAACAAGGGAAUGAUUACAAGUGGCACAUCUGAGCCACCGGAGUCUGGGGAGCUAAACUUGUCAUUUAGAGAUGUUCAUUAUACUGAUAGCCAACCUAAUAACUGUUGGCCACUUGGUAGCCUUAUGAAAAAUCCUUUUUGUGUUGAGGGAGGGUACAGACACCCUGAGUUGCACCCAUUGGACUCUGGCCUGAAGGUUUAUAAUGCAAAUAUGGGUGUUCCUAAGGAAGGUCUGUCAUGUUAUAAUAAACUAACUGGCAUGAACAAUGCUUCAAUAGAAGAGACCUUAGGUGAAGAUCAACUUGGAAAAGGUUGUGCAACUUCAAAUUUUGCUUUGGAGGAGUGGAAGCUUAAUUACAAUUGCAAUAUUUUCAGUAUCAAUCCUAUGUUGACCAGAAAUGCUUUCUUUCACUUACCAAGCAAGACUGCAGAGAGAUUUACCACAGACCCUGUACAUUCAUUACCCUUUUUUGACUUUUCUUCUGUUGAAGAUCCUUGUAAGGUAUGUUUGGAAAAGUUGGCUGCUGGUUCCUCACCUGAAAUAUUUGAGAAUUCAAGUGUGUCUGCAGUUAGUGUUGAGAGGGAUCAGCAUAGUCAGCAACAGUAUGCUGUAGAUGAAAUCCCUACUGAUAAGACCAAAAUGUCUUGUGCUCAUCCACAUUUGGACUCGGAGAAUCACAGCAAAGAUGUUUCUGGAAAAAAUGUUUCUGGUAGAAAUAGUUGGGAGACUUUGCUUUUCAGUUCUUGCAAGAUUGACAAUAAUAUUGUUGGAGAUCACUUGCAGAGUUUCUUGGCCAUCUUUGAGAUACCACUUGACUUUAUUAUUGACAAAUGCUUACUGCAGGAAAUCCAGCUUCAAUAUAAUUAUAUUAGCAAGUUGACAAUCAAGUUGCUGGAAGAAGGGUUUGAUUUGCAUGAACAUUUGUUGGCAUUGCGCCGGUACCAUUUCAUGGAAUUAGCAGACUGGGCUGAUCUGUUUAUCAUGUCCCUUUGGAAUCAUAAGUGGUCUGUGGGAGAGUCUGAUCAUAGAGUAUCAGAAAUUCAAGGAUUCCUUGAAUCGUCAGUUCAGAGGUCUUCUUGUGAACGAGACCAUAAUAAGAACAGGUUAUUUGUAUACAUUAAAGGAGAUGGAACCCUGCCUCUUUCAAAAUAUGCAUCUGGAGUUCAUUCAUUUGAUUUUUUAGGUUUGGGUUACCAAGUGGAUUGGCCAGUCAGUAUCGUUUUGACUCCUCGUGCGCUGAAAAUAUAUGCUGAUAUAUUUAGUUUUCUUAUACAAUUAAAACUUGCUGUUUUCUCAUUGAAUGAUGUAUGGAGCUCAUUGAAGGAUUUAGUGCAUUUAAUUAAUCAGAAUUGUUCCUCCACGCAACACAAAAGGGAAGUGGGUCAUUUUAAUAUACUGGUUAAGUUGAGGCACCAGAUCAAUCAUUUUGUAUCUACAUUACAACAAUAUGUGCACUCGCAGUUAUCACAUGUUUCAUGGUGCAAGUUUCUUCAUUCCCUUAACCAUAAGGUAAAAGACAUGAUGGAUCUUGAGUCAGUGCAUAUGGCAUAUCUAUCUGAGUCGUUAGACAUAUGUUUUCUCUCUGAUGAAGCACAGUUUAUUGCCAGUAUCAUAGAAGGCAUUUUACAGUGUGCACUAGACUUUCGGUCUUGUCUUACCAGAGGAGUAUGGGAUAUCACCCACGAUCAAGGGGAUUUACUGGGAAAUAUAUCUAGAAUCAAUAUAUCCCAGGUUCAUGCCAUAAAGCAAAAGUUCAAUAAAAACCUAAAAGAAUUGCAUCUGUGUUAUCUCAAAUCUCCUAAACAUGUGGAGUUUGGCCUUUCCCCUUUUUGGGGAUAUCUCAACUACAAUGAGUAUUACACGGAUGUUGGCAAUGAAAUUGGUCGCCAUGCCUUCUCGGUCUAAGACUCUAUUUGAGGCUAAUUGUAACAGCGUGAGGAUUGGAAUCCUAUUGGGUACCUGGGUAAGGAAUCGAAACCUGCAUUUCAGGUCUCGGUUUUGGUUCCUUUUUUUGGGAGCCUGCACUGUACGCUUUCGGUUUUGAUUCCCCUAAAAAAUGCAGGGUAUUCGAAACUGUUCACCCUUAGAGAUGUGGACGUUGAGUUUUAACCAUACUCUGGUGGGAAAUGAGAGAGGAUCUUUUUUUAGGGAUUUGGUGUGCCUAGUUAUUUGACAUGGAAUUAUUAGAGUUGUGUUUUAGUAGCCAAAGAUAAUAGGGUUAUUUUGUGCAGAACAGAAAAUAGAGGGUUUUAUUUGAUAUUAUGAUUUGGAUAUAGGCUAAAAUUACAUGAGCUGUACAUGGUUGCAUUGUUGCAACCGUGUAUUUUUUAUUUUAUCUACUUGGUUAAAGGUGUUGAUACUUUUCUGUAUUCGUAAGGAUAAAUUGGAGAAAGCAGAUUCUAAAUUUGAUAUGUUGAGUUGAGGUUUUUCU